CGGCCAGCCAGCCCAGCCAGUGGCCACGACAGUAGGCUUCGUAGGUGCACAGCCACAACCUUUCAGCUAUACCGGGUCUGCGUCACGCACGCCUUGAUCCACCACCUCCAUCUCAGAUUCGAGGUUAAAUUCAUCCCAGCUGCACGUCCACCUCUGCAUCCCAUUCCCAUUGCCAAAAUGGCCAAUCAGACGACCUAUGUCCUGCUAUGCCUUGCUGCCAUUCUGUUCUUGGCGACACCAGCAGCAGCCUUCGGUGCCGGCAACAUCUCCUCCCUAUCAAAAAUCGAAGGCCACAAUUGGCGACAUGGUGAUAUCGAGGACCUGCUGAAGACGGUUGCCUUCAUCAAGGGCCACAAAUGGACUUCCAUGAUGAUCAAGAGAACCUACUUUGGAAACUGGCUCCGAGACUAUUCUCAGGCUGUGGAUGUGGGAACACUGAAAGGCGUCCCAGCCGACACCAUCCGCGUCCUGGUCUGGGUCCUGGCGUUUAUGAGUUUUGGUUAUGCUACGGAAGAAUUUGAAGUCACUACGGAGAGACUGGGCGUGUACAGACCCGAGGAACAUAUCGACAAUCCCAAGGAUUAUGCUGAUAACGUCGAUGCGAGGUCGUUUGAUCCUCGCCUGCGUGGGCCUGUGCAGCCCAUUGAGCUUGCUAUUGACCCCCAGACUGGUAUGAAGAACUAUAUUGCCAACGAGAACCUGGGCAUCGCCACUUCGCUGGGCUAUAUCAAGUGGGCCUUUGCUCGCAGUAUUCACUUUGGCCGGGUCUACACAUGUGGAGCCAACAAAGGCAACGAGAAAGAUCUAUGCGAGGCGCUCCGAUGUCUGGGGACCGGCCUGCACUGCAUGGAAGACUUUGGAGCUCACACUAAUUACACCGAACUGGCGCUGAUUGAGAUGGGAUUCCACAAUGUAUUCCCUCAUGUGGGCUCGCAGACGAGCAUCAAUCUUCGGGGCAAGCAUGUGUAUCCACUGGUGACGGGAACAUUUGGAGGUGUUGAUUUCUUGCAUUCCGUGCUUGGCGAGGCCACCGAUACCGUUACACAAGCGGAAGUCGAUGACAAUGAAGUGGCUCAGCUAAACGCUGCGCUUUCGGGCGCCGAGUCGAAACGCAGUGCUGGUGGGGGUGACCCUGCGAAGGAAGCAUCAUUUUUGACAGAUGUGCUUGCGAAAGUUCCGGGCACCGGCGCUUUGAUUCAGGAAGCGGUCAGUUUGCAAGCGGCAUCAGAUGCACAGGCAGCAGAAAAUGCUCGUCUGGGUGGCGGGGGACAGCGUGGCGUCAAUGAUUACGAUACAUAUGGUGCUGCACGAGCUGCAGGCGAUGCGCCAACCACCCAAGGCGGUGGCUUCGCAGUGCCGCCCAAGGUGGAUGCAGCAGCUGCGAUGGCCAAGAUCUAUCCCAUUCUCAGCUUUCGUGACAAGGUCGUGCGCCAAAUAUCUGCGAUUGUGUCCAAGAUACCUGGCCUGGAGAAGAUUAUCGACACCAUCACCGAGAAGGUGACUCUAUUCGUGAUGGGUCUACUUGCACCUUUCGUCAAGCCCAUCAUCGCUUCAGCCUCGAACGCGCUCAAGCAAGGGUCCGGGACAGUUGUCAAAAGCUCCGCCAACCAGCAGUAUCUUGUCUGGAAAGAUCCCAACAGUUCUGACCCUACGCACUCUAUGCUUUCCAAAGACCAUUUCAGCAACAUCUUGAACCAGCCUGCCGGAGAGCUUGCUGCGGAAAUUUUGCAGUACGUCGCUCCCCGAGUCAUAUAUGGCUGGGAACAUCCCGAAGUCCCCGAGCAUGAGAUUCUCAAUGAUGUCGCACGUGUUUUCCACCACCCUGCAGCGCGAAACGAGCAAAUCGAGAUCCAACGAAAGAUGUUUGAAACGGUCCACAAGUGGGUGCAGAAGCGGUCCGAUCGUGGUUCAGGCUUGAACAACAUCCUUUCUUCCGAGUCCGUGAAAGCCGGACACAAUCAUAAAGCCCCGGAUCUUCAGUCCUCUUUCCAGGGCAUUCAGCAGAUUGCAUCCACACACGGUCUCAACAUUCCAGGUAUAGGCCCUGGUGCCGGCAGUCAUUCGAACACAAGAGGUGGCGUGUUCGACAUGCUCGCUGAGCAGAGAGCGAGAGAUGGAAUCCAGGCUGAUCCGAACGCAUAUUCUCACCAAGCCCCGCCUCCGGCCAGUUAUGAUCAGAGCAGUUCUAGCUAUCCGACGGCGUAUCAGUCCGGCUAUGAGCAGCCGUGGCAGCCACAGCAACAGCAACAGCACCAGCAACAAUAUGGUGGCUAUGGCGGAGAUUAUCAAACGCAACCACAGCAAGGUGGUGGGUAUGGAGGAGGAUACGACCCGAAUCAGCAGCAAGGUUAUGGCAAUUACCAGCAACAGGGCCACGGUGGUGGGUAUGGUCAAUAUUAGCAUGUGGGAGGAGGAGGAGGAGGUGAGGAUGAUAGCCACGAGGUGCACUAGGUGGUGAGCACAAUACGAGUGAAGGGGGGGGGUGAUACAAGACGUAGGAGAUAGAAAGGGGCACGACGACAGAGACCGAUUUAGACGAAUUGACCAUGUUCAUGAC